AGUCAUGCUGCAGUUGCUCUCAUUGGUGUCCUGUUCUUGAGAGCUGCCUGCAUGGGCACCUUUCAGACCCUUGCCAGAGAAUAUAACAAUUGGAAGAGGACCAAGCACCUUCAAUAAGACUUACAUCACUUCUCUACUGAAGCUGAAGAUGGACAUACUGCACUGAAUCCCUUUGCCUGUGGUAAGAAGAAAAGGUAGAGCAGGAAAUUCUGCAUCAGACGUGUCCACUCGGCAGCACAAUGUCUGGAGAGGGUAAAGGUGGUGCUGAAGGUAGUGCAUCCCCAAUAGACUCUCCGUUUCGCUAUGACCUCUUCACUGUUUUCUACAGCAUCAUUUUCAUUCUGGGCUUUGUUGCCAACUGCUAUGUGCUCUGGAUUUUCAGACGUAUUUAUCACACCAAGAAACUCAAUGAAAUCAAGAUAUUCAUGCUGAACCUGACAAUAGCUGACCUGCUCUUCCUGAUUACAAUGCCACUGUGGAUUAUUUACUAUCACCACGAUGGAGACUGGUUCAUGCACAAGUUCCUCUGUAAUGUAGCUGGCUGCUUAUUUUUCGUUAACACCUACGCUUCUGUUGCCUUUCUGAUGGUCAUCACAUACAACCGCUACCAAGCCGUGACUAAUCCCAUUAGAGCUGCUCAGUUUACCACUCGGAGAAGGGGGAUCUUUUUAUCAGCAGCUAUCUGGAUCAUAACAGUGGGCAGCUCUUUGUAUUAUGUUUUUGAUGAUAAUACUAAUGUGGAGAAAAUGGGCUUGAAGAAUUACACGCGUUGCUUUGAGCGCUAUGACUCUACUAGCAAUGUUACACCUGUUCUUGCCAUUCAUGUCAUCAUCUGCAUCCUCUUCUGUAUCAUUUUUUUAUUUAUCCUAGCCUGGAACAUCGUCAUUAUCAGGACCCUCUUCUCCAAAUCAGGGCAGCAGCAGAAGAGUGCUCAUGUCAAGCAAAGGGCGCUCUGGAUGGUUUGCACAGUGCUAGUGGUGUUCAUCAUAAGCUUUGUACCUCAUCACAUUGUGGACCUGCCCUGGACACUGACUGUUCUGGAGCAAUGGCAGAAGGAGAACCAUCGUUUGCGCCAGCAACUCAAUGAUGCUCACCAAGUGACUUUGUGCCUCUUGAGUACGAACUGUGUGUUGGACCCAGUCAUCUACUGCUUCCUCACCAAGAAGUUCCAGAAGCACGUUUCAGAAAACCUGAAAAACAUGAAAGGGAGUCGAAAGUGCUCCAGGCAAACCACAGACACAGUGAUUGAGGGCACCAUUCACCAAGAGGAUGCCAUUAGGAUUUAGGUCAGAUGGGUUCUAAUUGCUGAGACUGGGAAGUGUGAACCAGUCACUCAUCUUUUCUCAAGAGAAGGCACUGAGGGACACAACAGAGGACCAGGCUAUUAUAUUUCCUUUAUCCCUUAGAUAGAAGAAUGAAUGCUCAUUUGUGAAAGGACAAGAGGCAAUGGGCACAAACUGGAACACAGGAGGAUCCUCCUGAACACCAGGAAGCACUUCUGUACUGUAUGGGUGACUGAGUGCUAGUAAGAGGCUGCCCAGUGAGGCUGUGGAGUCUCCCUCCUUGGAGAUGUUCAGAAGCCGUCUGGACUUGGUCCUGGGCACCCUGCUCUAGGUGUCCCUUCUUGAGCAGGGGGUUGGACCAGAUAGACCCGGAGGUCGCUGCCAACCUCAACCAUUCUGUGAUUCCUUCUAUCACACACAUCUAGCAGAAUUGGAACCUGUAAUAAUCUGUGAGAAAAGCACUUUCUGUCUGGGCUGAGGGCACUGACAACAGCUCAGGCAAUCUGCCUGAAAGAAACACAUUGAGUGUCUGCAGUGAGCAGCUGGAAGUAAAGUACACUGAAAUUAUCCAUUGUGUCAGCCCAGGUAGCACCAUCCCUUGUCCUUUGCCCACCCAGCUCCCAAGAAGAGUCCAGUGUCUGAGCUGUAAGAGGCUUCUGAAAAACCUGGAGGAACACACUGAACUGCUAACAUAAUCGAGUAACUUUUCUGAGCAGCUUGCAUGGUUCUGUUAAGAGUAUGAGCAAAAGAAGCUCCUGAGUGGCUAAAAGGGACAUAGUCCAAGGAGUUCCUAACAGUUCCAUCAAAGAAGAGAGAUACAUCUAUACUCGCAUGGUCUGUUGGGGUCCGUACUUCACAGAUGCCUAGGAGCAGCUAUUAUGAACUUUUGUCUUUGCUCUCAGCUUUUGAAUUAGACAUGUAACUGGACAAAGGCGAGAAAAAGAAGAGAAAUUGGCAGUGCCUCAGCCCCCAUCCCAAAUCAUCAUUGUGUCCGAGGGGGACUGUUGUCUGCCCUGGCUUCUUGUAUGAUUGCAGAACGGGCAAAUAAGUGGCCUCUUGCACAAAGUUUGGUAUUUUUUGGCUGACUGCAUGUGUUUGUGGAGAUCCACUCUCACUUUGGAGGCUCCAGUUAACAGAAGACUGUUGUCAGCAUGGGCAUUACUGUGAGAAGAAAAAAAGGUUAAAACUCUUCUGUAUUUUUAUUCUUAUUUAUUUAAACUUAGGAUUCCAAAAAGCAGCUGUGCAUUAUUUCCUUCCCCCAGCCUUUUUAUUUCUGCAAUGAAGAAAUGAAGCUGACUGGUUCUUGAUAUCCUACCAUGAAUGAAGUAUUAGUCCAUUGGCCAUUGUCCAUAGUCCAUGGCCAUUUUCUGAGUAAACCAGUAAAUGCACAGUGAUGUGGUGCACUAUGUAAGUCAUGCACUUGGGAAACACUUGAGACCAGCCAGCCCCAUUCAGGGCUUGCUGCAGUCAGUAGGAACCUAAGGCAAAGUGGUUUUCCAGCGUUGCUGAGUUCUGUUACAAAUCACAAGACAAUUGAGGUUCCUGUUUCUGACCCAAAUUGCUCAAUCCAGCACAGGAAAUUGGGCAGGGCAGGGCAGGGAAGGGAAGCUACUUGUUUUUUUACAACCUUUUGGUUCCUCAAACUAUAUAGGAGACUGGCUGAUGACAGGAAAAGCGCAUCUGACAUUGUGAUACUCAUUAUUUAUAUGCAUUCACAGCAGCCUUCCUAUACCCAUCAGUAACAAGGAGAAGUUGAAGGACAAGCUCGAGUCUUUCCAAAGAUAGGACCAACAUUAGUAUCAGACUUGCCUAUAUCCAGUUGAGACAGGGGUCCUUCAGAUCUAUCUCCUGAAGAUCCUUAAGCAGCUUUUAUGUUUAUGUGUGUGAAUGAGCAAAAGAACAAAGACACUUUUUCUGAUGCCAUCUCCUGAGGUGAGCUGUGCACUCCAGGCCCCAUACAAGGCAAAUAACUGAAUCUGAUCCUAAACUGAAUGUAUUCGCCUCCUGGUCCUGGACUCUGCUCCAGUAGUAGCAGACUGGACUCUGUUCUUAGCAGAGACUUUUCCCUGACCACGUCCCUCAGAAAUGCUCAAAGCUUAUCCCUGUUUUCUGUAGUCACUCAUAGUGCACAGCAAGGGUGGCAAUCUCUCAUCUAAAAGCCUAAAUCCUGCUUGCUGGAGGAAUCUACUUCUGCAUUUUAGCCCUCCUGAGAUGCCACAGUCUGCCUGAGAAGCUCUUGCAGCUGACAGACAGGGUGGGACUGUUCCCUUUUCCCCUCACCAGCUGAUGUGAUAGCAGAGCUCAAAUGCCACACAGCCACUAAAGCACUUAAGAGCUGAGCUUGGUAACUCUUAGAAGAAACGGGAAGGCAUUAUUCUAUGUGGUGAUGUGGUCUUCUAUCGAUUCCUAGAAAGCUUAUAGCACAGCUUACAGUGUAGGUUACUUACCGUUUUUAAAUAUGCUUUGCUCCACAGAAGGCAACUGUAAGGCAAGUGUGACCUCAGAGAACAAAUGUAAACUUGCUUCUGAGGAAAGGGGACAAUGGAGGAAGAACUCUGAGGACACUUCAGAAGGAUAUGUUGCAAUCAUUAAGUCAGUAAAAAUGCAUUUUAAAAAACAGUCUGAGCUUCUACUUUUGUUCCUGAAAUUACUUUGUUUUACAGCAGUGUUGCAUUACAGUGCUUUAAUUUGCAAUAAAAUUGAUCCUCAAAAAUUCUUCUAAAUAAAGUCCUUCUUCCAAGGGUUUUGGCGUUUAAGAGCCCGUCUUCUCAUCUUUCUGUAUUUACCCUUACGGGAAAAGCCUCAGUAUCUGCAGACAAAGCUUGUCUGACAGCCUAUUUGCGUUCCUUUCGAUUUUGGAGGUGUUUUUUUUUUUUCUUCUAAUCACCACAUGAACUCUUGAGAAAGGUGAAAAUUAAAACCUCAGCAAGUUUUGACCUGCUAAAAGGGAAGGGAAAAAAAUAACUUCGCAGGGGAAGCAACUUCUGAAAAAAGGUCUGUGCGCUCAAAAAACUUACCAGACCAAAAAAAAAAAAAAAGAAAUAAAACAGACACCAAACUCUCUCUGUCGCU